AUGUUAACUUCCCAUAUAGGUUAUAUAGGGAAUCAAGCCAGUUUAAACCAGAAUGAUCCAGUUUAGCCAUAUACUGGAUAAGUUCGGUGGUAUAGGGCCGUCCCAGUUGAUUCUAUUCUUCCUGGUAUCGUAUUACAACAUCAGCAAAGGAGCUAACUCGAUAUCAACUGUGUUUAUCGCGUACAUUCCAAACAAAAGAUGCAACGUACCACCAUUAGACAACCCUACAGCUUAUCCAAACUUAACAGAGCAGGACAUAUUGAAUUACACGACAUCAUACGAUGAUGGUACACAGCAAUACGAUACUUGUGUUCGGUACGGGUACAACUUGAGCACAUGCACUGGGGACUUGAGUUGUGUCAAUCAAUCUUACCCCAGCAUCGCAUGCGAUAAAGGAUAUCAUUAUGACGAUUCACUAUUCACAAAGACCAUUAUUACUGAGUUCAACCUUGUAUGUGACCGAAAAUAUUUGAAUGCAUUAUCCACGUCUUUCUAUUACAUAGGGAUGCUAGUCGGAUCUUUUUUAUUUGGAAGCACUGCUGAUCGACACACAUGGUGUAUUCAUACACCUCAUGUUCAACAUCAAGUUAUAAUGCAUAUCUUUCCACAGGUUUGGACGUAAACCCACCAUUAUAGCGACAUUUAUUGGCACACUUGGUUGCAUGGUUGGUGUUACGUUUAGCACAACUGUUGAGAUGUACACCGUUUUUAGAACGGGCACCGCUCUUUUUCUAGCAGGGGCAUCUAUUGGCAGUUUCGUUUACGGUAAGAUUAACAUAUAUAGUAGGGUGGGGGAAGACGGGACACCUUUAGCACAUGAUAUCCGAAUAUCCCGAUCGAGUUUUAAACAAUAAACAACGGUCUG